AUGAGUGUGAUCAUUUUGACUCUCCUCGUUGUGUUUCUAACUAUAGUCGUUCGUCGAUGGUAUAGGUGCAUUUCCAUCAAAAGAAAACUCGAUUGGGUCAACCAUAUACCAGGAUGGCCACUGCUGGGAAAUGCUUUGGAAUUUGCCGGUCCUACUUCAGAAGUAUUGGAUCGCAUCAGCAGCCUGUUCAACAAACACGGCAAGCUGAUUUUCGUCGAUUUCGCUGGAAAACCCAACAUUUUCACGACAGACUACGAUUUCAACGAAUUUGUUUUGACGACACACAGUAUAUUGUCUAAAUCGACGGAUUACAGAUUCAUCAGAAAUUGGCUAGGAACCGGAUUACUCACUAGUGAUGGGCCAAAAUGGAAGGGAAGACGACGCAUAAUGACUCCCGCUUUCCAUUUCUCGAUACUCGAACAAUUCGUCGAGGUUUUCGAGAGAAAUGGAAACAUCCUGAUCGACAGGCUGAAGCUAGAAAUUGGGAAUGAUAGUUUCGACGUCUACCCGUACAUCACCCUAUGCGCCUUGGAUAUAAUAUGCGAAUCGGCUAUGGGCGUACCGGUGAACGCUCAACUCAACGAGCACUCGGACUACGUCAGAAACGUCAAACUCAUGCUGAAAAUCGGCAUGAUCCGAUCCACCUCGAUCAUCAAAAACAACGACCUUCUCUACCCUCUCACUCUGGACCAUUGGCGCGAAAAGAGGGCCGUGAAACAGCUGCACGACGUCACCUAUGCCGUCAUCGAUUCCAGGAGGGAGAGACUGGAGAAAUCGGGAGGGAAGGCGGGGGAGGAGGUGGACGAAUUCGGGAGGAAGAGGAGGUUGGCUUUCCUGGACGUUUUGCUGAGAUCGACGUCGGAGGGUCGGCCGCUGAGCAGAGAUGAUAUCAGGGAGGAAGUGGAUACUUUUAUGUUCGAGGGACACGAUACGACAGCAUCCGCAAUGACCUUCGCCAUCCACUUACUUUCCUUACAUCAGGACGUACAAAGGAAAGUUCUCGAAGAACAGAAGAUGAUCUUCGGGGACGAUAUUCACAGAUCGGCCAACUAUCAGGAUCUGCAGAACAUGAAGUAUCUGGGAUGUGUUUUGAAAGAGUCUUUGAGGAUUUAUCCUUCUGUGCCGAUGUAUGGCAGACAUACCAAAGAAGAUGUAUAUUAUAAAGGGAAACUGAUUCCACAAGGUACAGACAUAAUCAUCUACGACUAUGGCGUGUUACACGAUCCCAAGAAUUUUCCGGAACCGGAAAAAUUUAUGCCAAGCAGAUUCGAAGAGAAUGAUGGGACACGACCCUACAAUUACAUCCCUUUCAGCGCUGGGCCACGAAAUUGUAUAGGUCAAAAAUUUGCCAUGCUGGAGAUGAAAUGCACUCUCUCGAAGAUUUUGAGGAAUUUCGAGAUUUUACGCCCUGUACCUGAACAUACCCCUAUCCUAGUCUCAGAAGCCGUAUUGAAAUCCGGUAAUGGGAUUCGAAUUAGGGUGGCCAAAAGAAAAUGGUGA